UCCGAUGCAUUAUACAAACGAAUGGCCGAGCAGAGUACCAUAGCUGCUGUGGGUGUGAGUGUGCAGCACGGUCUUUCUUCCACACGAUCCCAAGUUUCGAACCCAAGCCCUUUUCCCCAUAAGAAAAAAAACGCAAAAAAGAAAGGGGCCACUUACCGGCUUGACCAUUUCCUCCUCAUUGCAUCUUGGGCCUUCAGUACCCAAGACAGUGAGAUCUCCGCCGAAACAUCUUAUAUAGACCUCAAUUAAAUGAUAUCGAGAAGUCAUAUUAGGCGAAGUGAGGGUGUUGUGGUGGCGUGGCGUGGCACUGACUAC